AUGGCCAGGGGCCCUGAUGACAUGCAGAAGUGGGCCACCCUGGUGGUGCUGGCUGCCCUGGGCAUGGCUGUGACAUCGACCACCAACCCCGGCGUCGUGGCCAGGAUCACCCAGAAGGGCCUGGACUACGCCUGCCAGCAGGGAGUGGCUACUCUGCAGAAGGAUUUGGAGCAGAUCACAAUUCCCACUUUCUCAGGAAGCUUUAAGAUGAAGUUCCUCGGGAAAGGGAAGUAUAGCUCCUACAGCUUGGUUAUUCAUGGAUUCAAGCUUCCCAGUUCCCACAUAAGACCGUUGCCUGAUCAAGGCCUUGAUCUCUCCAUCAGAGAUGCCAGUGUCAGGAUGCGUGGAAAAUGGAAGGCACGAAAGAACUUCAUCAAAGUCAGCCGCAAAUUUGACCUGAAUGUGGAGGGCGUCGCCAUUUUGACUGGUCUCAAGCUGGGUUAUGACCCCACCUCGGGCCACGCCACCGUCGCCUGCUCCAGCUGCAGCAGCCGCAUCAACAGAGUCCGUGUACGCAUCUCGGGCAGCAGCCUGGGGUGGCUGAUCUAACUCUUCCACAAAAAAAUCGAGUCUUUGCUCCGAAACAGCAUGAACCGCAAGGUACGAGGGGCUCAGAGUCUCACCUCCUCCUUGACAAACAAAAUAGGCAACGUGGCUGGGAUCGAUUACUCUCUGGUUGCACCUCCAAAAGCCACAGCUGAUAACCUGGAUGGGCUGUUGAAGGGGGAGUUUUCCAGGCUGGCCCACCGCAGGCCCCCUCCCUUUGCCCCGCCGGCGCUGAGCCUCCCCAGCAACCACAACCGCAUGGUGUACCUGCGCAUCUCCGAAUAUCUUUUCAACACGGCCGGGCUCGUGUAUCAAGAGGCUGGAGUCCUGGAUAUGACCCUCAGCGGCGACAUGUUUCCGAAGGAAUCCAAGUUCCUCCUGACAACAAAAAUCUUUGGAACCCUCUUACCCCAGGUGGCUAAAAAGUUCCCUGACAUGAAGAUGCAGCUCCUCAUCUGGGCUUCCUCCCCACCGAACAUUGCCAUGUGCCCCACCGGCCUUGACCUCACCCUUGCCCUGGAUCCCCAGGCCGUUGCUGUCCUCCCAGACUCCUCCUUGGCCCCCCUCUUCCUGCUUGAGAUGAACAUGAACGUUUCUGUGGAAAUUGGUGCCAGGUCCGACGGACUUGUCGGAGAGCUCAAGUUGGAAAAGCUGCUCCUGGAACUGACGCACUCGAACAUCGGCCCCUUCCCGGUGAUUGAAUUGCUGCAGAGUAUCAUGAACUACGUUGUGCCCACUUUUGGGAUUCCCAAGAUUAACAAGAAGCUGCAGAAAGGCUUCCCUCUCGCCCUGCCUGCCUCCAUCCAGCUCUUCAACCUGGUGCUUCAGCCUCACCAGGAUUUCCUCCUGUUCGGUGCAGAUGUCCACUACAGCUGA